UCGCGUGCACACGCACACGUUGGCCGGUUGAUCUCACCAAGCCGCCGUCGACGGUGCGGCUCGGGCGUUGUGAGCGCGGACUCGUCGGCGCCAGGUCCGGCGGAAUUCCUCUCGUGGGCGUCCCAUCCGCGCCGGCGGGGCUCAGGCGGGAGCCGGAUCUGGUGGCUGCGCCGCCGCCAUCCCCGCUGCUGCUGCCCUUUGCUCUAGGCUUCGUCCAAGGGAGAGGCAGGGGCACGAGGGGAGCGGCGCUCGCUUCCCCUUCCCGUCCGAGCGCACGCAGCCGGAGCAGCGCUGCUAGCAAACUGCUUCGACCGCCUGAUGGAGGAGGCGGAGGCAAGGCCCGCGCCGCCUGACCCCAACGACGCGAGGCAGCGGUUCUUGUUGGAGCUCGAGUUCAUCCAGUGCCUCGCCAACCCUACCUACAUCCACUAUCUAGCGCAGAACAGAUACUUUGAGGAUGAGGCGUUUAUCGGUUAUCUCAAGUAUCUCAAGUAUUGGCAGCGUCCGGAGUACAUCAAGUACAUAAUGUAUCCACACUGCCUUUUCUUUCUUGAGCUCCUCCAAAAUGCGAAUUUCCGGAAUGCAAUGGCACAUCCAGCAAGCAAGGAAGUUGCUCAUAGGCAGCAAUAUUUCUUCUGGAAAAACUAUAGGAACAAUAGGCUAAAGCACAUCUUACCCCGCCCUCCUCCUGAACCAACUCCCACGCCAGCACCUGCACCAGCAGCGGUGCCCCCAUCAGCAUCAGUGCCGUCGACUGUGGUUCCACCUGUUGCUGCACCCCCAUCAGCUUUGCUACCUAUGUCAGCAGCUGGUGCAUCUGCCAUGUCUCCUAUGCAGUUUGCAGGAACUCCUGGCACCAAUAUCCCAAAGAACGACAUGAGAAAUGUCAUGGGUGGACAGGGUGGUAGAAAGAGAAAGAUAGGCUAGUGAAACUGUGGAAAAUGCUGGUCAACUCAAGGACAACAUUGUGCAAGGGAAGAGUAAUCUUCAGAUUUUUCUUUUCUCUGUAGGCCUUUAUUUCAGACUCAGACAAUUUAGAAGCUUAACAGUUAUUUGUGCUGCUGGAGAUGUAAUUUAGAUAACAAUAUGCCAUGUACGCUUGGUCCUUGAAUGAUUGGCUCAUUUAUGUGGCCUUGUAGUUAGAUAGUGUACUAAUAUUUUGUUCAGGCCUAGUUUAGUUCCAACUUUUUCUUCAAACUUCCAAUUCUUUCAUCA